CAGUCUUACAAGUAGCAACCCAACCAAACCCGUUUUCCAACCUCUUCACCUUUGAUCCGCUGCGCAGUCACCUCCGCCGUGCCGCACGUCGUCGCCGGAGUCCUCUGUUGUGGUUCUCUUCUUCUGUAUCUACCUUUUCCAUCGAUACGCUACCCAGUGUUCGCUUCUUCUUCUGGUUUCUCGCAAAGACAUGGCUCAGAAACACAGAAGCAAAAUCCCAGUCUCCGAACCCCAACACGAGGAAACUGAAACAGACGAAUCUGCUUCUUCUAUUUCAUCAGAGGAUGAGGAAGAGGAUGAGAUUGAGAAGGAGCUAGCUGAUGUUACAUUUGAGGAGUUGCAGAAAGCACGCUCAAAUGGGGCACAUGCAUUUUUCCAGAAACCCAAAAAGGACCAAAGUUUGAAAAGGGCUAACAAGAAUAGGCCAAUGGAGGUUAGUUGCAAGAAGCCUGUUCCUGUUUUUAGAGAGGUCAUCCAAGCUCCUAAGAAGGUUAUACGUGAUCCACGAUUUGAAUCCCUUUGUGGUAAUCUUGACACUGACGGGUUCAAACAAAGAUACAAUUUUUUAUAUGAAGAUGUUCUUCCUGCUGAAAAACAGGCUCUUAAAAAGGAUCUGAAAAAAUACAGAGAUCCUAAGCGGACAAAUGAAAUAGAAGAACGUCUAUCAUGGGUUGACAAACAAUUGAAGUCUGGUUCAGCAAAGAAUAUUGAUGCAGAGAUAUUGGCUAAGCACAAGAAGAAAGAGAGAGAAGCAGCAAAGCAUGGAAAACGUCCUUAUUAUAUCAAGAAAUCUGAUAUCCGGAAGCAAAAGCUUAUUGAAAAAUAUAAUGAGCUCAAGGCAUCUGGCAAACUUGAAGCAUUUCUUGAGAAAAGGAGGAGGAGAAAUGCUGCAAAGGACCAUAGAUAUAUCCCAUAUCGCAGACCUGGUGACAAUGUGGAGUAAGGUGUCAGCUUUAAGGUUCUUUUGUAGGCUGGUUAUUCUGGAAUAUAGCAUCAAAGAGAUUCCCGGUAUAUAGAUUUUGUCUUCCAUCUGUGGGUUUUACUGAAUAAUAAUCCUUGUUGAAUACCCAAAAAGAUGUUGUAUUUGUUGAGUGAGUGUACUGUUGUUACUCUGCAAGAUUCAUCACUAAGAUAGGAAACCUAUGCUUGGGAUCAAGGUGGAAAACUGAGCUUGGAGAGAUGCCACUAGCUACAAAGCAAACUACUGAUUUUCUGUCAUGUUGUGCAGACAAGGUUUUUGCUAUUAUCGUAGGUCUCUUGUUUUAGUGAAUGGUGAUUCUGGUUGACUAUUUUAUGAAUAUGCUCGUCUUUAUUCAAGCAAUAUGAACAUUAUAUUUUAGAGCCA